AGAGUCCCACCCAUCUUCCUCCACUCCCUCCCCUAAGGUCUCCACCUUGAAGCGCUAGGCCACUACAGACGAUGGCGACUUCAUCACCUCGUUCGAUGCCCCGAUUUUCCCAAUUCGUGGCUCUCUUUCUCUUGUUUGGAUUCGCCAUAACAUCUCGCGCCGGCGACCCUCCGUUGACGCUGGAUUACUACAAGUCGUCGUGUCCGUCGGUGCUCGAGAUCGUGAGGAAGGAGAUGGAAUGCGCCGUGCUCUCCAAUCCUCGCAACGCCGCGUUGAUCAUUCGGUUGCAUUUCCACGACUGCUUCGUUCAGGGAUGCGACGGGUCGGUUUUGCUGGACGACACUAUCACCCUCCAAGGAGAGAAGAAAGCUCCCACCAACAUAAAUUCUCUAGGAGGGUUCAGGAUCAUCGACCGCAUCAAGACCAUGCUCGAAUCCGAGUGCCCCGGAGUCGUCUCCUGCGCCGACAUACUCACUGUUGCUGCGAGAGAUGCCACGCUUCUGGUUGGUGGACCUUACUGGGACGUUCCCUUGGGAAGAAAGGACUCGAGGACGGCGAGCUACGAGCUUGCCGCCGCCAACCUCCCGACAGCUGAUGAGAGCCUUCCGUCCAUCAUCUCCAAGUUCCUCUACCAAGGCCUCUCCGUCACCGACACGGUCGCUCUCGCCGGGGCUCACACGGUCGGGAUGGCACGGUGCGCGAAUUUCCGGGCUAGGAUUUACGGGGACUUUGAAGCGACAUCCGGGAAAAGCCCGGCCUCGGAGGCGAACCUCGGCCACUUGAGGUCGAUCUGCCCGUCGAUAGGGGGAGGGGAUAACAACAUCGCGCCCAUGGAUCGCGUGACCCCCGACCUAUUCGACAACUCCGUCUACCAGCUGCUCCAACAGGGGGAGGGCCUGCUCAGCUCGGACCAGGAGAUGUACUCGAGCAUCCUGGCGCUGCAGACGAGGGGGAUCGUGAAGAAGUACGCGGCCGACCAGAUCGCCUUCUUCGAGCAGUUCUCGGAGUCGAUGGUGAGGAUGGGGAACAUCACGAACCCGGAAAGCUCCGUCAAUGGCGAAGUGCGGAAGAACUGCAGGUUCAUCAAUACAUGGGCUCCAGAGAUCUGAGGAAUCGACUUUCAUGCAACAGCGAAAUGGAAAGCAACUUGCGUCGAUGUAUAAUUCACGGGAAAAAUCACAACUUUUCUUGGAUUUCGUUUCUUCUUCUCUUUUGGGUUUUGCGAUUUGAUUCUCGAAAAGUUGGUCUAGUGUCGCUCGACCGUUCCACAUCGAAAUUAGAGGGAAUGGUCCAUGGCUAAGAGCAUAUUUGGAUGUGGGGUUGCCGAAGAAAAAGGUCGUGAGUUUGUUGACUGAGGUUGUUCGUGAAUCAUUUCGUGGAGGAAUAUCAUUGCUCGGUCGGUGAUUUGGUUGGUAGACGACCCGGUUGUCCAAAUCAGAUGACUCCCACGGGAAAGUGUCCGGAAAUUUCGUUGACAAGAUUAAUUGUCGUUAACGGUUGUUGUUGU